AUGGGCACUGAGAACGUGGUGGUCAGAGACCGUCAGCGGCAUCUACGGAGAAAUGACAUGGAUGACAGAGCAGCGGAGGGAAGCUACAUCACAGGAGCAAGUACUGCGAACCAGAGAAUUGAGAGCUGGUGGGGAGUGAUGCGAAAAGAAGGAAUCGAACCGUGGAUCACGCUUCUGGCAGAACUGAAGGAUGAGGGAUUCUUUGCUGGGGAUUUCAUUGACAAAGCUCUGUCACAGUUCUGUUUCAUGCCAAUCAUUCAG